AUGAGCCCGACAAAGCUCUCAGUGUGGCAGAAGCUGACGGAAGUGCACGUAAACCCCACGAACGGGAAAUGCACAACCCUCCCUUUACUCAAUCUACGGAAUCAGUACACGCGCAAUUUCCACUUGGCAUGGCUUGGUUUCUGGGUCGCAUUUUUGUCGUGGUUCGCGUUCUCUCCUCUCAUCCCGGAGGCAGUCAAAUCCGACCUUAAGCUCACUAACGCGCAAAUAGGUAACUCAAACAUAGUAUCUCUUCUCUCGACCCUCUUUGUUCGCGUGGUUGUAGGACCCCUUGUUGACCGGUAUGGCCCACGUAGAGUAAUGGCAGGUAUUCUUGUCUUGGGCGCCAUACCCUCCGGCCUCGCAGGGACUAUCAAGAACGCCAAUGGACUCUACAUCGUUCGCUUCUUCAUCGGUAUCCUUGGUGGUACAUUCGUCCCUAACCAAGCGUGGACAUCCGCAUUCUUUGAUACUGGCGUUGUUGGUCGGGCGAAUGCGCUCUCGGGUGGAUGGGGAAACUCUGGCGGCGGUUUCACGUUCUUCAUCAUGCUUGCGGUGUACGAUCGCCUAAUCAAAGAUGGGCUCUCACAGCAUGUGGCUUGGAGAGCGGCGUUCGCUAUUGUCCCAGUUCCCAUUUUGCUUGCCACGGCAGCCGCUAUGCUCGUUUUGGGCACGGAUCAUCCGCUUGGACGCUGGGAAGAACGACAUGUUAACUUGGUUGAACUGCAAGCAGAACCCAUUGGACGCAUAGAUGGCGUGAAUGAGCAAGACACACCGUUUGCUGGUUUAGAUAUUGGCAGCAAAGAGCGACCUGUGAAUGUGUCUGUUGAUAUCAUGCAAGGCCCAAUAUCGAGUCGUGGUCUGACUAUGGAUGUAGCGACUCGAGCAGUCCUUUCUCCGUUGAUUUGGCUCCCCUCACUGGCAUACCUCACAACCUUCGGAUUCGAGCUCGCAGUAGAUGCUAAUCUCUCGAACAUCUUGUAUGGUAUAUACACGUCCCCUUCCUUUGGCCAGACUAAGGCUGGGUAUAUUGCCGCUGUCUACGGAGUCCAGAACGUCUACUCCAGACCGUUAGGUGGAUACCUUGGCGACUUGAUUUAUCGCAGAUUUGGCGCUACUGGAAAGAAAUACUUGACGCUUGGUCUGGGUAUCUUGCAGGGUUUCCUCUCCAUCGCGCUGGGCGUGUACAUUGAUCGCAGAAAAGAUCCUCCGCGCUUCGAUGAUCAGCCAAUCAGCGCGAUGUGGCUUAUGCUUUCUCCCAAGUUUGGGUUAGGGUUCGUUCUCAACAGGACCCUGAUGCGACACUUCUCCCUUAUGAUUGUUCAGACCGGUAUUGUCGGCGGAAUGGGCAACUUGGGUGGGGUGCUCUUUGCGCUCAUAUUCAGAAUGCAGCCCACACCACCAGGAAAGGAAUUCUGGAUCUCGGGUAUUUUUGCCAUUCCGUCCGACAACAGCAGCAGCGAUGAGGAUAUCCUGUCAUCUCCCCCAUCUCCUUACUCCUCUAACUCCUCUCUGGAUGGAGAGUUGCAACAGUCCGAGGACAGGGAGGAGGACCGCACUUUACCUGAGAGCUUUCCUCCUGUCCCAGCUGACAAGACACCAAACAAACCUGCAGACUCCGACCUACAAACACCGGAUAAAUGGGUCCAUCGCAACCCGGACCUCAUUCGACUGACUGGUAAACACCCGUUUAAUGCAGAAGCACCGCUCUCUCAACUUUUUGAUGCCGGUUUUCUCACACCGUCCCACUUGCACUUCGUCCGAAAUCAUGGCGCUGUACCUAGAAUGGAUGCAACCACAUUGCGCUCUUGGACAAUACAAGUACAUGGGCUCAUCGCAAAUCCGCGAUCAUUUUCUCUUCAAGACCUCCGUGCGCACUUCGAAGUAGUGACAUUGCCGGUUACCCUCGUUUGCGCGGGCAAUAGACGCAAGGAGCAGAACAUCCUCCGAAAGAGCCUUGGAUUCGAUUGGGGAUCUGCCGGAGUGUCUACCGCUCUCUGGACUGAUGUAUAUUUAGCAGAUAUCCUUGCCUUUGUCCAGCCACUCCGUGGACGUGCGAAACAUGUUAUCUUCGAAGGGGCAGAUUCGCUCCCGAAUGGCCCCUACGGGACGUCACAACGCCUUAGUUGGGCCGCUAGCAGGGACAGAGGCAUGCUCAUUGCUUGGGCGAUGAACGGCCGCGCGCUCGAACCGGAUCACGGCUUUCCAGUGCGACUAAUCAUCCCUGGUCAGAUUGGAGGUCGUUCCGUGAAGUGGCUGAAGGACAUAGAAAUCUCAGAAAAAGAGAGUAGUCACUACCUACACUACUUCGACAACAGGGUCCUCCCUACGCAGCUUUCCCCAGAACAGGCACGCGCGGAGAAGCACUGGUGGUAUGAUCCAAGUUAUAUUAUCAAGUAUGCCCCUUCUGUUUCUCUUCUGAAAGAGAUAUUUACACAGGUCCAAGUGAAUUGA